AUGGAAAACAUUAAUUAUAAUGAGAGUUUUCUUGAUCCAUACUUUAGUAAUUCUGAUGGUGAAUUUGCAAACGAAAUAGAAAACUUUCCUAUUCUUAAUUUUGAAACUGAUACAUAUCAAAGUAUUAAGAAUAAAAUUUUGCAGCAGAAUAGUAAUGAUGAAAAUGAAGAUUACGACCUUAAUGAUGAAGCAGAAGAAAAUAUAAUUAUGUUUGAUGAAAUGACUGACGAAAUUAUACUAAAUCAAUUUUCUUUAUAUAUUUGUGUAGAGUGUUUGGAAGAUAACAGUGGUCACUUACAUCAAAGAUUAGGUAGAGGAGUUUCAGAGUUUGGUUGUGAUAGUAAGCAUGAUGACUUAACUGUAAUUCUAGAAAAAUUUGGAAAUUGGAUUCAGUUAGUUGUAAAAUUGGAUAAUAAAUUACAAAAACAGCAACUUAUUUGGCGAAUAGAUUCUCUUGAUGAGCUAGUUUUACCAACUUUAUUAAUAGUUCAAAUAGCAUUUAAAUUAGCAAAAAUCAAUUUAAGUGCUAAAACAAAAGCAGAGCAUUUAAAAGAAAAAGAAUAUCCAGAUCCUAAUAAUCAUUCUCUUUUUGAUUAUACAACACAAAAUACUUCAAAAGGAUACUUUAAUAUGGAAACUUGUUACCAACAUGGAAUAGAACACAUGCAAGACCUACUUGUACAAGAAGUCUAUUUAACUAAAACUAAAAAUUCAAAAGGAAGAGUAACUUUUAGACCUACAGCAAUUGAGGUUUCACAUAUAUCAAAUUCAAGUCAAGAAACUACUCCUGAACCAUUAUCAAAUCAAGAAACUACUCCUGAACCAGCAUUGAAUCAAGAGACUACCCCUGAACCAUCACCAAGUCAAGAACCCGUCACCAAAUCAAUCACUUCUAAGUCAAGUACCGCAAGCUCAACAUCAUCAAGACCAAGCAUCACAGGCUCAUCAAGACCAAGCAUCGCAAGCAAAAAACGAUCACCACCAAGACCAGGCAUCACAAGCAAAACCUGA